CAAUGUAAUACAAAUGCACUGCAAUGUCGCGAUAUGUAACGCAUCAGCCAUGUUUACGGCAAUAAUGUCCGAUAGCGCAGCGCUAUCGUUUUGAUGAUGUAUCAAUGAAGCAGCCAAAAGCCAAAAACCAAAAGACGACAGAAAAGAAAAGCAGAAAAAAACCCCAAGACAAAAAAGAAGAAAAAGGUGUAUGCUGUCAGUGGAUCCUGGCGGUAUUGGGGCCCACCAACCAAUCAGAUUGUGUCUUGGUACUCCCAGAUCUGUCUACCGCUGCCCUCGCCGCAUCGUGUCGGAGCAUGGCAUGGCAUCGCGUGCAUGACGCAGGGCCUUUACGAGCAGGGGUCAGGGCGGUAGGAUUGACAAAGAAAAAAGAGGAAAGCGGACAAAUUUUUGCGUUCGGCCAGCGCGUGAGUCAAGUGCGUGUAUGUGUGUUAAUAUCGUCACUGUUUUCACCGAUCAACUCGAGAAUGCAAACGUCAGGAACCAGAAAAGUUACAGCGAUAGCCGAAUAUUAUGAAUCUGCAAUGACUCUCUGCUCGAUAUUGGAUUCAAUGGGGCUACUGGAGAUGAGGCUGAUGAAGGGCCGUGAUCCGGGUCAGCGGGCGCCUGGGCCGGCCUUCGAUUGAGUGUGAUCCGAGCAUUUAUGGUGGGAUGUGCAGAAAGUAUGAUAUAUUGCUACUAA